GCGGACCUUCACAUCCUGGUCGCUGUAUGUAAAGUUGCGGCGCUGCGGUCGACGUCCAGUGUCUUGUCAGUCACAGACACACCAUCAUUGUAAGUCUUCAUCACCAGAGUCAACGAGCAUCAUGAGGUACAGGGUGGUCACUACUUACCUCAUGUACCUGCUGUUGGUGCCAAGCCUGGCUCAACAGUUAACAGCUCGUGUUGUCGGUGGCACAGCGGAGGCGGGACGUCUGGAAAUCUUUUACAAUGAAACUUGGAACACAGUGUGUCGUCUGGAUUUUGGACAGGAAGAAGCUUUGGUAGCCUGCAGAAUGUUAGGAUUCAACAGCACAACAGCAGUAGCCAUGAAGUCAGACAAGUACGGAGCAGGCUCUGGUUCUAUUCUGUUCAGUGACCUGCAGUGUGUGGGGAACGAAACCAGCCUGGCGCAGUGUCAACACCCGGGGCUCUACAGACACAACUGUGAACACUGGCAGGAUGUCGGUGUCGUGUGCAACAUUACUCACCAGUUAAAAGCUCGUGUGGUUGGUGGCACAGCGGAGGCGGGACGUCUGGAAAUCUUUUACGAUGGAACUUGGAACACAGUGUGUCAUGACGGUUUUGGACAGAAAGAAGCUUUGGUAGCCUGCAGGAUGUUAGGAUUCAACAGCACAACAGCAGUAGCCGUGGGGUCAGCCAAGUACGGAGCAGGCUCUGGUCCUAUUCUGUUCAAUAACCUGCAGUGUGUGGGGAACGAAACCAGCCUGGCGCAGUGUAAACACCCGGGGCUCUACAUAAACGUCUGUAUACACUGGCAGGAUGUCGGCGUCAUGUGCAACUUUAAGUUCAGAGCUCGUGUGGUCGGUGGCACAGCGAAGGCGGGACGUCUGGAAAUCUUUUACGAUGGAACUUGGUACACAGUGUGUGAUAGAGGUUUUGGACAGCAAGAAGCUUUGGUAGCCUGCAGAAUGUUAGGAUUCAACAGCACAACAGCAGUAGCCGUGGGGUCAUCCAAGUACGGACCAGGCUCUGGUCCUAUUCUGUUCACUGACCUGCGGUGUGUGGGGAACGAAACCAGCCUGGCGCAGUGUCAACACCUGGGGCUCUACAGACACGACUGUAGACACUGGGAAGAUGUCGGCGUCGCGUGCAACAUUACUCAGCAGAUGUCAGCUCGUGUAGUUGGUGGCACAGCAGACGCAGGACGUCUAGAGAUAUUGCACGGUGGAACUUGGAACACAGUGUGUGGCAAGCGAUUUGGACAGAGAGAGGCCUUGGUAGCCUGCAGGAUGCUGGGAUUUAACAUCACAACAGCAGUAGUCGUGGGGUCAGCCAAGUACGGAGCAGGCUCUGGUCCUAUUCUGUUCAGUGACCUGCGGUGUGUGGGGAACGAAACCAGCCUGGCGCAGUGUCUACACUGGGGGCUCUACACACAGAGCUGUGAACACUGGGAUGAUGUCGGCGUCAUGUGCAACAUCACCACACCAAUGACAGCCCGGUUGUAUGGCGGGACGUCAAAGGCAGGACGUCUACAAAUAUCGGUCAACGGAGAAUGGACUACAGUGUGUGAAGGUGGAUUUGAACAGAGCGAAGUAGAGGUGGCCGGCAGGAUGCUGGGACUCACCAGCACUGGGCAAGCAGCUGUGAAGUAUCUUCUAGUAAACGAUGGCUCACGAUUUCAAUUUGAUUAUAUGGAGUGUCAAGGAAUGGAAACAAAUCUUCAACAAUGCGAUAUAGGACAACUUAACAAAAGCAACUGCCUCAAUGUCGGUAUCAUUUCUGACUUCGAAAACUUUAGUCUGCGACUGACAGGACCUCGCCGUACAGACAGUAACAUGGGGCGUGUAGAAGUGAAGAUUGGAAGUAAACAAUUUAGCACAGUGUGUGUAAACAACGAGAAAACUGCCGCAGUCAUCUGCAGACAACUCAAUUUAGGCCCAGAUAGAGCUACACUGAUAGACGGUUUGUUGUUCGGACAAGACAAGAAACCUUUACUUCAAGUUACAUUUGUUUGUGAUGGAAGCGAGAGCAGCCUGGAUGAAUGUGGACGAAAUAACACUGCGAAGGGAUGUUAUUCCAAUGAUGUUGGCGUCUCUUGCAGCAGAAGUUUUUACAAACAUCUUUUAAUAGUUUCUCGGGACGAAAGGUACCCGUUUAUGGAAGGAGCAAACAAAGCUCUAAUGUGCGUAACACCACGAACUUAUCAACGGGUAUCUGAGUACACAUGGACAGACACAGCUGGCGGUCGUCCUAAUGGCGAGUUUCUGAUGUUUGACAAACUGACUAAAGAGUACAAUGGACGACAAGUGGAAUGCUGCACCAGCUGUCGUGGGAAGGAUUUUAGUUCUGAUGAUAUGAUGUUCAGUGACACUCAUGUGCUAAAGGUUUACUAUAAGCCGUUGAUUACAAUAACAUGGACUAACAACACCGGGGAACAACAGCCCUUGUCAAGUCUUUCUGAUUUAAAGCCUGGACACAACGUGACCCUGUGGUGUAAAGCUGACAGCAACCCUCCCCCCGCGUCCAUCACGUGGUCAGGAAGAGUGAACAGCACGACUGGGGAGUUACGGAUCCUAGCGGCAGACCACGUGACACACAGCGGUGUGCACACCUGUACCGUCGUCACUGAAACCGUUGAUGAUGACGACAGACUUCCGCUGACCUCAUCUUACGAGCUCAACCUCAGUGUUCAAGGUUGACAUUUUCACUUUCAUUGUUUUUCUAAUAAUAAACGUACUUUACAAUUUUUUCCUUAAUCCAUAUUCAUGACACUAUUUAAAGGGACGAGGAUGUAACACUAAACAUUACACUUUGACACAACACGUGUCACAUGAUUUGCGUGCUACUACCAGCAGUACGAGUUGCUGCUUGUUAUUAUUUCUCGAGUCACGUGCCCGAUGUUAUUGUACACCUGCUGCGACACAUAUACAGAAGGGCGAGUACAGGUAAGCGAUUUAAACAUAGCUUGCAAGACAUCUGGUAUAACGGACAUUUUUGUCCAAGAUAUUCUCUGACCUCUAUAACAUCGAGUGUUUUUUUUUUUUAAAGAUAUGUUGACCUCUCUAUCGAUUUGAAUGCGUAUCGUAGUCAGUAAUAAGUAUUCAUAAUUCCUUAUAUUAAUUGAAAUGAUCAGACAUAAAUCUGUUGUACUAGAAAAAAGAAUUAUUUAAACAGCAUUUAGUUUGUGUCUAUUUGAUAGUGUUGUUUAUUUUUGUGUGUGUGUGUGUGAGAGAGAGAGAGUGUAAAUGAGAGACAGAGAUCAAGAUUUUAAUUCUUUUAAUUCUACCAAUUUAUUUUGAUUUACUUUUGCAGGUGUUUCGGAUUUAUGUUUCGUACUUCCUAAGCCCAUUUGACUUCGUGUACUCUGUAUCUUGUAAUUUUCUUGCUGUUUUAUCAAACUUAGUGCUCUUUAAAGAUGCAGUUGGAAGCGGGUCAAAGGUCGCUGACGUCAUUCCAACUUUUUUGGUCAAGUCGUUGCUAGGCAACAACUCUUUGCCUUCCUGUCCAUCCAACAAAGAGCAUGAGGACAAAUAUUUGGAUCAGUAACCUUUGAUAAAUCUGACCAAUCAUAAUUCACUCCUUGUAUGAAAAAUAUUCUGUUUUGUUGUAUUUAUAAA